UCAACUUAGCUCUUAAGCAAAUCUAAUCGGAGAACGGAGAAAUUUCGGUUGUGAAGAGAAGAAAGAUGGGAAAUUUGUUAUGCUGUGUUCAAGUGGAUCAAUCAACGGUAGCGAUAAAAGAAACAUUUGGGAAAUUCGAAGAAGUUCUUGAGCCUGGUUGCCAUUUUCUUCCAUGGUGUCUUGGUAGUCAAGUUGCUGGUUACCUCUCUCUAAGGGUUCAGCAACUAGACGUCCGUUGCGAGACCAAGACUAAGGACAAUGUGUUUGUUAAUGUUGUUGCAUCGAUUCAGUACCGUGCCUUAGCUAAUAAGGCCAAUGAUGCCUACUACAAACUCAGCAACACAAGGAGUCAGAUUCAAGCUUAUGUGUUUGAUGUCAUUAGAGCAAGUGUCCCGAAGUUGCUUCUUGAUGAUGUCUUUGAGCAGAAGAAUGAUAUUGCUAAAGCUGUUGAAGAGGAGCUCGAGAAGGCUAUGUCGGCUUACGGUUAUGAGAUUGUGCAAACUCUCAUUGUUGAUAUCGAGCCUGAUGAACAUGUUAAACGGGCCAUGAACGAAAUCAAUGCUGCUGCAAGGAUGAGAUUGGCUGCAAACGAGAAGGCAGAGGCUGAGAAAAUUCUGCAGAUUAAGCGAGCUGAAGGUGAAGCUGAGUCCAAGUACCUCUCGGGUCUGGGUAUCGCCCGUCAGAGACAAGCGAUUGUAGAUGGACUACGCGAUAGUGUUUUGGGUUUCGCUGUGAAUGUGCCUGGGACAACUGCUAAAGAUGUGAUGGACAUGGUGCUUGUUACACAGUACUUUGACACAAUGAAGGAGAUUGGUGCUAGCUCCAAGUCUUCUGCUGUGUUCAUACCGCAUGGACCAGGAGCUGUUCGCGAUGUUGCUACUCAGAUCAGAGAUGGCCUUCUUCAAGGCUCGUCCGCAAACCUUUCUUGAAGUGGAUUGACUGAUUAUGUUCUCUUCUCUUUGACUAUGGUGUGAUGUGAUUAUCAUCUCUUCUUUCUUUUGGAUUAUGUUCGAACUCUUUUUUCCUUUUUCUUUUUAUUUCUAUUUAGUAUUGUCGUACAUGAAUUAUGGUGAUAUAAUCAAAGUUGUGAACACUA